AUGUCAUCGUUCACCGGCGUAUCCAUCGUUGAAGACCAUGAGGGGUGCUCUUGCAACACGUCGGCGGUCGACCCUGGCACGGACAUUGGCUACCAUCUGUUCAUGGUCAAGGGCUACUCGCGCACCAAAGAGUUGUUGUCCAUAGGCGAGAGCAUCAACACUGGUCCUUUCAUAGUAGGAGGUCAUGACUGGUUAAUCGAGUACUACCCUAACGGCGCAUAUCCGAGCUGCGCCAACUUCAUCUCUCUCUAUGUAUCCCUUUUCCACGACGAUGAAAAACUGGAUGCCAGGGUCAGUUUUAGUCUCGUCGACCAGGUUGAGAGGCAGACACCAAUGUACAUUCAUGCAACUAAUAGAGCUUGCAGGUUCGACAAUGAUGUUUCUUGGGGCACCAACAAGUUUUUGACAAGAGAGGCCCUUGAACGAUCGGCACAUCUAAAGGGUGAUUCUUUCACCAUCCGGUGUGACAUAAUGGUACGCAAGGAUCACAAUACUGAAGAUGCCGGUGGCCACGGCACCAAGGUGCUCCUCUCAGACAUAGACCAGCAUUUUAACAUUCUCCUUCAAACCAAGGUGGGUGCUGAUGUGACAUUUGAGGUUAGUGGUGAGAUGUUCACUACACAUCGUUGUGUGCUUGCAGCCCGGUCCAAAGUCUUCAUGACACAACUCUUUGGUCCCAUGAAGGAGGACAUUACCACUUCCGGUGUCAUACAUGUCAAAGAUAUGAGAGCAAGCGUGUUCAUGGCAUUGCUUAGAUUCAUCUACACGGACUCAUGCCCUGAGAUAGAGAAGGACUACAUGGAGGAGGAAGAAAUGUCACAAGUUCUUGAAGAAGAACAAGAAGAUGGUACAGUAGAGGAUGAUGAAAACUGGCUACAAUGGCUUCAAGACUUGUUUGUGGCGGCAGACAUGUACGAUGUCGAACAACUCAAGCGCAUAUGUGAAAUGCGAUUGUCUGAUAACUUAAUUUUGAGCUCGGUGAUGUCUACCCUUGCUCUAGCCGAGCAGCACCACUGCCAGGGAUUGAAGGAGGCAUGCUUGAAGUUUAUUCAAGUCCAACCCCCCUGGUGCUUGCAAACAGUAACGAUGAGUGAUGGCUGGGAUCACGUAGUUUCAACCUAUCCCUCGGUUAUAAAGGAGAUUUUUUUCAAGCUUGCUUCGAACCAACGGAAGUGA